AUGCAAGCUUGGCUUGUAGUAAUGGAACAGCCAUAUUUACCUGAUGAAGAUAAUGCCGAUUUUCAACGAUAUGUACGUUUAAUGGAUCAUGAUAGAGCAAUGAGACGAAUGAAUGCGCCAGAAAUAACAAAUCGAUAUUCAACAGUUGCCGCUAACUUAUUGGGCAAUGACAGAGAUUGGGAGUUAGAUAAUUAUUCUAUACGCCCAGACACUGCUGAUGUGGUCGAGAACGUAGAUGAAACAUCUAAUGAGCAAAGAUUGCCAAGUGAACGAAGCGCAUCGUUAGCUAGUUGGGAUGGUGUAACCAGACAUACUGUCUAG